GUACAAUCGCUCCACAACGCCGUUCUAGAAUCCGGUAAUCUGCCACCCAAAAAGAGUUCAACACUCGAUUACCAGUUUAUCGUGCCGUCUAAUACAACGAAGAGUAAUAAGGUACUACUCAUCGUGCAUGCCUGCGAAGGGUACGUGCGAAUGUCGGUGUAUCGGAACGGGAAACUGUUGAAGCGAAGCGAACCGUUCUCGGGUUUCAGACGUUUCCUCGUCGUGAACGUCCACUCAGGUCAGCUUCGUUUCCAAAUUAGUAAUGAUGACGCGAAGCCGAAGACCGUCCACCUUUGGGCGAGCACACAGGCCGACCAAUCGCCAUAUCCGAAACUGCCUGAAGGACACAAGGCAAACAAUCUAUGCGAAGGUGGUCUAGAGUCAUCGGAACUGGUUGGCUGCUACUCACAUCGUGGUCCAAGUGUUGAGGCCAUACUGGCACAGGAUGACUCAAUCGGUCUCAUUGAGACUACGGUAGUUGGCUUGGAGCCAGCAAAGACGUAUCGAUUUGAUCUGCUUGCCACACCUCUUCAACGCCCUCAGGCUCAGUCCUUGCCGUAUCGAACCGUUUGGGCACGAACUGCGAAUUCAUGCUAA